GACACGAGAGCAACACGCGCCACUCUCCACUGUGUAGUGCUCCCAUCGUCUUCUUGUUCCUCCUCUCCCACCUCCUCUUCCAAUAUUCCCACCAAACCCUAAAAAUUGAAAAGGGUUUUUUGUAUUUUAAUCUAUCUGCAUAUUUAACGGAGUUUAUUUGUUGGUUGAUUUGGGGAAAAUUAGAAAAUAGAAAGCACGACUGGCACAAUGGGUCAGGCGCUGCGCCGAGCUGCUGGAAGAACGCGACCCUCUUCGACCGUCGAAACGGCGUCGUCCAAACCGAAGACCGUCGUCGUCGAUAAGCGGCCUCCUCUGGUUCCCCCCGAACGGGCGGAGAUCUCCAAGACCGGCGGCGCUAUUGAUUCUGAUGGCAGUGCAGGAACAGGAGGAGCCGUGGAAGCAGUCGAAAAUGUGCUCGAAGAACGAGAUCCAAAUUACGACGCCAUGCUCAAUCAAAUGGUGGGUAGAAUCAAAGCAAAGCCCGGAGGCAAAUUUGAGAUGGGCGAGGCAAAUGUGGUGGACAAGUAUAAGAGGCCUCUACCUAAACUGAGGGAUACGAAGCCAGAUUCCGGGAGUUAUGAGGAGAGGCCUGCUCCGCCGGGAACUCUGAAUGUGGCACAGCUGCGCCACAUUAUUCUGCUGCAUCAGGGCAAGGCCGAGGAUCACAAUGGCCGCAUGGAGCCGGACCAAAUUGCUGAGAAGUUCCGGGUUGAUGUUGCUGAGGUUCGGAGGAUCUUGCAGUUUGUAGCACUGCCUCCGGAGGAUGGCAGUGGCAAACAGAACAACAAUCGCUGAAGAAGGCACAAAUAGAUAGCUUCUAUCGAUACUCCCCUUCACUACUAAUUGGAUUUUUCGUUGAAUAACGUUGGCUCGCAUACAAGUUUGAAUGUGAAUCCUGUGAUUUGGAGAUUUUAUACAUUUCCGAAAUCUGUAACAUGUCGGAAAUUUUGUACCGAGUGUUUGAGGCAUUUUGAUUGCAACACAACUGAGAAUCUGUAACAUGUCGGAGAAAUUCAUGUUUAGUUGUGGUUA